AUGGUGGCACGCGCCGGCGGACUCCUGCUGCUGCUGCUCGCGCUCGCUGCCUCGAGCCGGGCUCUGCUCGCCCCUCCCACGCUGGAAAUCAACCUGGACGACAAAGCUGAAGUGAGGUGGCUGCCUCUCAAGACAGCCUUUGACGUAGAUUACCUGAAGAAAGUCGCAGCAGAAAUCAUAGAUUCCACGGUUCCAAAGUGGGUACAUCAUGCCAUCAUACCAAUAGUGAAGACCCUGGAGAGGUACGUUCCUCAGCCGUACGCAGGAGAGAUCCGUGGGAUGGCCACAGUCCUUGGAGGAAACCUCGCUGAUACCAUCAUUCUCAACUUUGCCUAUGAGAUCUCUGCUUUUUGUACGAGCAUCCUGGCCCAGGACAAAUCAGGGAACGUGUAUCAUGGCAGAAAUCUUGACUAUCCACAUCCCGCUCUGAGGAAUCUGACUGUUAACUUGAUUUUUCGCAAAAAUGGAAAGGUGGCGUACCUUGGAACCUCGUUUGCUGGUUACGUUGGGUUGUGGACAGGACAAAGUGCUUAUAAGUUCACUGUGUCCGGUGACCAGCGAGGAACUGAGCACUGGUGGAACUGGUGGAAGAAUUUUGUGUCUGCCUUCCUGUUCCACAGAUCUCCGGUCAGCUGGCUCCUGAGGGAGACUCUGGAGGAAGCAGAGGACUUUCAGGAUGCAGUCAUGCGUCUGUCCAAAACCCCCCUCAUCACAGGGGUGUACUACAUCGUGGGUGGGGUACGAGCAGGGGAGGGGGUCAUUAUCACCCGAGACCAAGCUGGCCCCGUGGAUAUUUGGCCACUGGAUCCGCUCCACGGAGAAUGGUUCAGAGUGGAAACUAACUUUGACCACUGGCGUCCUCCCCCACCUUCAGACCAUCGAAGGGAAGUAGCAAACGAGGCUCUGAACUCUACCGGCCAGGCCAACAUCAAUAUGGAUGAACUUUAUCAGGUUCUGACGAUGAGUCCAGUGUGUAAUCGAAUGACCAUUUACACAACAGUUAUGAGUGCAGCCUCCCCCGAGAAGUACUCUACAGUUGUCAGAGCAAAGGUACUGAGACACGACUUUAAAUACCUCUGA